AAAUGGAAAACGCCAGAUCCAUCAUUUAGGGAACCAGCUGCAACUAAAUCAGCAUUGUCUUGAUACAGCCUUCAACUUUUUCAAAAUGGCGGUGAGCAAGCACUUAACCCGUGGGAGGAAGAUGACCCAUGUCAUAGCAGCAUGCCUCUACUUGGUGUGUAGGACAGAAGGCACUCCACACAUGCUGCUUGAUCUCAGUGACCUCCUUCAGGUGAACGUCUACGUGCUGGGAAAAACGUUCCUUCUGUUGGCCCGAGAACUCUGCAUAAAUGCUCCAGCUAUAGAUCCGUGUUUAUAUAUUCCUCGUUUUGCACACAUGCUGGAGUUUGGUGAUAAGAACCAUGAAGUCUCCAUGACAGCUUUAAGGCUCCUGCAGCAGAUGAAGAGAGACUGGAUGCACACAGGUCGACGGCCAUCAGGGCUUUGCGGUGCAGCUCUCCUUGUUGCAGCAAGGAUGCAUGAUUUUCGGCGCACUGUUAAAGAAGUCAUCAGGGUGGUUAAAGUUGGUGAAUCUACAUUAAGGAAAAGACUUACAGAAUUUGAAGAUACACCUGCAAGUCAGCUAACAAUAGAUGAGUUCAUGACCAUUGAUCUGGAAGAAGAAUGUGAUCCUCCCUCAUUUAUAGCUGGUCAACGAAAGAUAAAGAUUCAGCAGCUUGAGAAGGAAUUGUCAAAAAAGCUUGAAGAGUUAGAAGGUGAAAUAACAAGCUAUCAAGAUGAAAUAGAGAUUGAAUUAGAAAAUAGCCGGCCAAAAGCAAAAGGAGUUUAUGCAAAUUAUAGUAAGGAUGAUUGCAUAGAAGAUACUAUUUCAAGUAUAUUUGGAGAUGAGGAGGGAGAAGAUGAAGAACUGGCAGCAGCUGCAGAUCAUUUGAACCUGGACUUUUAUAAUGAAUUUCUUGAUAAAGACAGAUCAAAAGAAAAAGAAACUUCUGUAAGGCCACCUGCUCUGGAAUCACUUCUUGGACCUCUCCCUACUGCAGCCAGUCUUGGAAUAACAGAAUCUAUAAAAGAGUGUAUAUUGACUAAAGAUCGAGACCACAAUGAAAAUACUGGAGAUGGUGAAUUAGAUCUAAGUGGAAUUGAUGACAGUGAAAUAGAUAUGUACAUACUUAAUGAUUCAGAAGCCAGGAUAAAAGCAGAACUGUGGAUGAAGGAAAAUGCAGAUUAUCUGAAGGAACAAAAGGAAAAAGAAGCAAGGAUAGCAAAAGAAAAAGAGCUUGGGAUUUAUAAAGAACAUAAGCCCAAGAAGUCUGCAAAGAAACGGGAGCUGAUCCAGGCCAGCACAGCAGGAGAGGCAAUUGAAAAAAUGUUGGAACAGAAGAAGAUCUCAAGUAAAAUUAAUUAUAAUGUGUUAAGGGACCUCAACAGCAAAGGAGGUAGCACACCAAAGAAAGAUGAUGAUACCACUGGUGACAGCAACAGCACCAAGAAGUUGUCAAGGAGAAAAUCUCUUGUGAAUCGGAAUGUGGCCAAUUCAGUAAACACCGUGGGGAAAAGGCUAAGACCCUUGAUUUCGACACAGCUAGCCAAAAAGCCGGCCACAGAAGAGGUAGUCUUUCCAAGUACUCAGGCAGAUACUGAAAAGGUUGAAAAAUCAGGAACUGUGCUGGUGGAAACUGGGCCAGUAUCUUAUAACCAUGAGGAGGAUGUGGAAGAAGAAGAAAUUGAAGAGGAGGAGGAUCACUGUGUGAGCGCCCUUAAACUAAUGGGAGGAAAUGAUUAUGGCUGUGAUAUGGAAGAUGACGAUGGGUAUUAAACCUUUCUGUCUGCAAAUGGAAAUCGUGGGAGAAGCCACUGGUAGUAAAAACAACCUUUCCUGCCUUGGAAACAGAUGUUCCAUUUGCUAUGGAUUCCUGUCAGUUUCCAUUGACCUACAGGCAGGCACUGGAGUUUGGCUUUGGAAUACUUGAAUUAUGCUGGUCUUUGACCGUAAUAAAGAGUUGAUUGAUUGAUAUUUGAAAGGUUUCUGAUUUGGAUCAUGCUAUAAGAAAAAGAUUGACUGAAGCAGCAGUUCCAAGGAAGAGAGAAGAGCCAAAUGGCUGACCACACAUCACAUUGGACUUACUAUGUGGUUGACCUUGAUUCAGUAAUAUAUAUUGCUGUAAGGAUGCAUACAAAGAAUAAUUGCUACAGAAUGCUAGACCUCUGUGUGAAUAUAUCUGAGACUUGAACAUUUAGAAUCCUCAAUAGCAGAAGCUUGUUCCUGGUACAACAUCCAUGCUUCCAUGCUGCAGACGUGAUAAUAAGUAUCAAAAUGGACAGACAGCUUCCUUUGGAAAACAAGCUCAAACAUAUUCUUUGUUUGUUUGUUCAUACUAUCCUAGGAUCAGACCAUUGCUUGCCUAUAGUCUCUGUGCCAAUAUAGGACACCAGUUAUAUUUUUUGUUUUAAUUCCUUUUAAAAAGUUGUUGUAUUAGAGUGGAGACCUCAUGGGUGUUGCUGUUGUUCAAAGCUUCUUUUGAGGAGAGUUAUUCUGUAUUCCAAGGAAACUGAGCUAGGUCUUCCUUUCACUCACUGCUACUAUUAGAGAUGGGGCAAGCAAAGGGUAGGCUGAUGAGGAGGAAGGAAAGCUCAAUAGAUUAACAUUUGACACUCAUUCUUCUGACUGAGGACCAUUUCAUUUAAAAAAUAAGAUAUUGCUUAUCUCAGGGCAAUCUCUGUUAUCUUGGCAAAAGGGUCAGAUUUGUCUCCAAGGUGAUGCCUUUGUUUUGUUUUGUAGCAAGUAAUUUCAAAACUUUUUUCUUUUUGAUGUAAUUUAAUGUUAUUUAAUGGGGUCAUUAAGGAUGUAUUUAUAGUUCAACUGUGUUAAGAAGCUUCACCUAUCACUAUUUUAUCAAUUGAUCAGUUGCUAUAACUAGCAACCUCAGAAAUGUAAAACAGACCAGUAGUUUCUGGUCCUAAAUUCUGUAAGUCAGAUCUUCCUUGAUUCUCAUCCCCACUGGACUACAAGUUGGAUCUGAUUCCUGUGACUUUUUUUUUUUUUUGCACCACUACUUUUAUUUGUUAUUAGAAACAGAAGUAUUGAUGCCACUUUUCAUCCUCUGAUGAACAAAUAAGGGUAUACCAAGUAGCUUUAUGGAAAAUAGAUUCCUUCCUAUUUAAACAAAAAACAUCCAGUUUUUCAUGUUGGUCUUCAUUAGCCAAACUACCUCUUUUUGCUGUUGCUUAACUACACCGAUUCAAGGCUGGGUGAUGCUUUUAAUUCUUCCUCUUGAAGAGUGAAGUGGAAACUAAUUUCUUCCUUUGUUCCCAAGACCUGGAUCUCAAAUAGCAAACUGUGUCUUAAUUAUACUGCUUCAGAUUACAAAUGGGAAUUCAUGUGAGGAAACGGCAUUCCAUGCAAAUGAUCCUUUCCAGAUAGGCAACUUAGCAUGGUAGAGAGAAAUACUAGCAUUUACACAGAGAAGCUUUCAAUCAAUAACACUACACACAGAGAGUCACACUAUGCUCGCAGUCUGAAAUGGUUUGGGUCAGGUUUACCACUUUAUUAAAUUAAAUCCAAGGUGCUGGUUAAAGCUUAGCAAUAUGUACAAGAAGAAGAAGAAUAUGGCUAGUCCAGUGGGCUAUUCUUGUGUGGUGGGCAUUUAUCUUGGCACUGAAUUACUAUAUUAGUACUUGUAAAAUUACAGCUCUUUUUUCAAUAGUACUUUGUCCACUUUUACUUUGAUAAAGAUUGUUAUGGCAACAUAAUUUAUUCACUGCUAGAGGAACAAGCAAAACAAAUGCUUUUUUGUAAGCACUGAAUUAGGAGUUUGCCAACAAUUAGCUUGAGCAGCUGCUGCUUUGCCUUAUGGCAGGGAUGAGAAACCUGUAUCCCUCCAGAAGUUGCUGAACUACAACUUUUGGCAGCCCCCGCCAGCAUGGCCAAUGGUGAGGGAUGCUGGAGGCUGUCAUCCAACACCAUCUGGAGGACCACAGGUUUUGCAUCUCUGUCUCAUGAGUUCAUUUGUUUCCAAAGAGAUGUUCCAAAAGAGGUAAAACUUUUAUUCAGUGAUUUUACCACCUCACUUCUUUUGAGAGAAUGAAAGUCUAUCAGACUUCCCAAUAUAAACUGCUACUGCUUCGAAGAAGGUAUUACGUUGCCAGAGGAAAAAAAAAUCUAUGAAAUCCAUGAUAUCAGAAUAAGAUGGUAACUUAAUGUUUAUGUCCCAGAUCAAUUGCAUAGUAACCCCACACCAAACCCCAAUCUGCAUUUAUGUCAGUGUUGUCCAAACUUGGCCACUUUAAGAUGAGUGGACUUCAACU